AUGUCCAAGCCGGUCCCCGAGUGCGACGUGGACGUCCUCAAGGUGAUACUCGACGAGGGCGACAUAGCUGCAAAAGUGUCCGAACUCGGCGCGAAGAUUGCUCAGGAUUACAAGGACCUCAAACCCAUCUUGCUGCCGGUGAUGACCGGCGCGUUCGUCUUCUCCGCAGACCUAGUGCGCGCGAUUCGCCCUCCGCCACAGGGCAUGCGCAUCGAGUCCCUCAGGGCGUCCUCUUACCUUGGAACCACGACGUUGAGCAACGGCGAAGUGGCCAUCGCGCCGCUGAGCAUCGACGUGAAGGGCCAGCACGUGUUGCUCGUCGAGGACAUCAUCGACACCGGCCACACCCUGGAAAAGAUUCGCACGAAAGUCAUGGGCGAAGGCGCCGCAUCUUGCAAGGUGGUGGCGCUACUGAAUAAGCGGGAGCGCAGGGAAAACGGGCUUCAACCCGAGUAUGAAGGGUUCGACUGCCCGAAUGAGUUCGUGAUCGGGUACGGCCUCGACUUCGACUCAAAGUACAGGGAGCUGCCGUACGUCGGGGUGCUCAAGGAGGAACUGUACGCUCACAUACUCUAA